AUGUAUGGACUGCACGCCUGGUCCAAUCACGAGUCCCGCUGGACCGCGGCGCUAGCGUUGGAAGGCCUCAACAAUCGCCGGCCGACUCUCAGCUCCUCUCCGAUCCGCCCGCUGCCCCAUUCCUUCAAUUCAACGGCAGACAGAAGACCUCGUGGCCUUCACAGAGGUUUGGCCAGCCAUGCAUCCGGUGCCAUUGCUGGUCAGGCAAUCGCUCCGAUCGGGCGUCGGCCUGGCGAGAACCUCCCGUCCCCGUCCACAUCUCCUUCCGCCGGCACCUCGGUCGAAGCUCGCCUCGCCUACCAAGGUUCUCCCCGCGCGGGAGUUUUCAAUCUGCAGGAAGAUAGAUCCGGAAAGGAUGAGAACCCGUUGAAUGAGACAAACGCUACCCACAAUGACACAAACCGGACGGAGGGACAACCAGUACAACCAGCGUCAUCGUCGUCCUCGGGAGCCGCUGUGAAGGAAGAAAAGGUGGAGGGCCAACAUGGUUCCCAGAAGAGUUUGGGAGGAAGGGAGGAAGAACUCCCGUCACAGGAGGAAGGACGAAGAUCACAGCUGUCAAAGCAGUUUACCAAUCUGAUGGACAAUCUGCAAUCGAAUAUAUUCAUUGUAGGUCAGAGGCUAAAUGACCUGACCGGAUAUUCUGCUAUUGAAAAGCUCAAAAAGGAGAUCGAAUCUCACGAGGCGCGAGUUCGCGAGGCCCGGUCAGUUGUCCGCAAGGCCAAGGAGGCCUACUCAGCUGCGAUCAAUCGCCGCUCAGCCUCUCAGCGGGAAGUUAACGAACUUCUUCAGAGGAAACACGCGUGGUCCCCGGCCGAUCUCGAACGCUUUACGUCUCUCUACCGCUCCGACCACGCCAACGAAGUCGCGGAGGCUGAGGCGCAGCAGGCCCUCGCUGAGGCUGAACGCGAAGUGGAAGAGGCUACGGCGCAACUCAACCGAAGCAUCCUUUCUCGCUACCAUGAAGAGCAGAUUUGGUCGGACAAGAUCCGGCGAAUGAGUACCUGGGGCACUUGGGGCCUGAUGGGGGUGAACGUGCUCCUGUUUCUGAUCUUCCAGGUCUUGGUGGAACCAUGGCGACGACGGAGACUGGUGAAGGGAUUUGAGGAGAAGGUCAAAGAAGCGAUCGAGAACGAGGCUGCUGCGACAAGAGCAAUUGCAGCUGGUGCAGUAGCAAGCGUUAGUCCUAGUGUGGAUGUCGCGGCCGAUUCGCCAGCUGCAGCAGAACAGGUCGAGACUCAAUUGGAAGAAAUCGUGUCCAAUAUCGGCUUGACAUCAGACCCGGACACGAGCGUUCCCGUUACCACAGUUCCAGCUGGUCUUCCACCAGAGUCAGUGCUGCCUGGUCAGCUCUCUGUUGAGAAUGUUCUGUCUCCUGAAUACUGGAAGGAAACUGUUCGCAACCUUCUCAGCGAUCGAAAUGUGAUCCUCACCCAACGCGAUCUCACGACGGUUGCGGUUCAGAGCGCCGCGGCUGGAGCUGCUGUGAUGGGCCUGUUGAUCGCUGUAUUCCGGCCACGCUGA